AUGUUUCUGGCAAAGGCUUUGUUGGAAGGGGCCGAUCGUGGUCUUGGAGAAGCGCUUGGAGGCCUUCUUGGAGGAGGUGGUCGGAGAGCAGGAGGAGGAAAUAUUGGAGGGAUCGUGGGAGGCAUUGUGAAUUUUAUCAGCGAGGCUGCAGCCGCUCAGUACACCCCAGAACCACCACCCACUCAGCAGCACUUCACCAAUGUAGAGGCCAGUGAAAGCGAGGAAGUUAAGCGGUUUCGGAGACAAUUUAUGCAACUGGCCGGGCCUGACAUGGAGGUGGGUGCCACUGACCUGAUGCAUAUUCUCAACAAGGUCCUUGCUAAACACCCAGAUCUCAAGACUGAUGGCUUCACUCUUGACACGUGCCGGAGUAUUGUCUCGGUCAUGGACAGUGACACAACCGGAAAGCUGGGCUUUGAAGAAUUUAAGUAUCUGUGGAACAACAUCAGGAAAUGGCAAUGUAUUUACAAGCAAUAUGACAGCAACCAUUCUGGGGCUCUGGAAAGUUCUCAGCUGCGAGGGGCUCUGCAGGCAGCGGGCUUUAAGCUACACGAAAAUCUCUACCAAAUGGUUGUCUGCCGGUAUGCUGAUGAGGAUGGGAGUAUGGAUUUUAACAACUUCAUCAGCUGCCUUGUCCGCCUGGAUGCUAUGUUUCGUGCCUUCAAGUCUCUGGAUCGAGAUGCCGAUGGCCUCAUUCAGGUGUCUAUCCAAGAAUGGCUGCAGCUGACCAUGUAUUCCUGA